AUGCUGCUGAAGCUGAGCCUCGCCUGCUGGGACUAUGACCGUACCAAGGCCCUGGAAGAUGGUCGGGUCCGACGAGAAGGCAUCGAGCUGACCUUUUCAAUUACCGCGUUUUUCAGGCAGCUGCGCUUCCAGGAAUUCGAUGUCUCCGAGCUCAGUCUCUCUUCAUAUGUGCUAACCCUUGGCCAAGAGAAGCCACCGUUCAUUGCAAUUCCCGUCUUUCCCUCCCGGUUUUUCAGGCACCAGUCCAUGUACAUCAACACCAAGUCGGGCAUCAAGAAGCCUUCCGAUCUCAAGGGAAAGCGCAUAGGCAUUCCUGAGUACCAGAGCAUCAUGGAGGAGGAAUUUGGUGUCUCCGCCACCGAGGUCGAGUUCUUCACGGGCGCCAUCGAGCCCUCGGAGACUGAGCGAAAGAGCAAAGUUCCCCAUACAUUGCCUCCAGGUGUCAAACUCACGGCGAUCAAACAAGGCCAAAAUCUCUCCAAGAUGCUGGAAGACGGGGAACUCGAUGCCGUCUUCAGUGCUUCCCGCCCCUCAAGCGUUGGCCGCAGUAGCCACUGCACCUACCUCUUCCAAGACUUCAAGGCAGUAGAGGCCGAUUACUUCAAGAGAACAGCCAUCUUGCCCAUCAUGCACGUCAUUGCUAUUAAGAGGACAGUCUACGAUGCCAACCCGUGGAUAGCCACGGAGCUGCAGAAGGCCUUCGCAAAGGCCAAGGAACUGGCCAAAGACGCCCUGGUCGAGAGAGCAGCAUUGCGCUAUAUGCUGCCCUGGCUGGAGGACCACGUCAGGGAAACACAGGUCAUUAUGGGUGAGGAUUGGUGGAAAGACGGAUUCGACGAGAACAAACAUGUAAUUGAGAAAUUCUUGUCUUACUCGUACAGUCAAGGGCUGGCCAAACGGCGCUACAAGGCCGAGGAACUCUUCGCACCUGGCACACUGGCACACUCGAGGCUACGUCCUUCAUGUCCGCACACUGCUCCGGAGAAAGACGUGUUGGUUACCUCUGGAUGGUGGGGAAGUACAAAGCCGGCGGAGUGUGGACGAAUUGCAAAUACAGAGCGGUCAUAUGGUCGGCCUGACCACUCCAAUACUACCCCACUAGUGAGAUUUGAUGGAUUGGAAUCCACCCGUUAG